AUGGUCUCACGCAGCCCCCUGGUGGGGGCUCCUGCAACAGAUUCUCAUCAAGGCGAUACAGCUCACCUACCAAGCAAGAAAGUCGUAAAGGAGACGCAGAGGGAACCCGCUGGCCUUGAGACUCCAGAGGAGCCCAAGAAGGAGGGACAAACGCUCAACAGGGCUCAAGAUGUUGCCGAGCUCAAAGAUUAUCAACUUGGUGAUUGUCUGGGCAAAGGCGCUUUUGGAUCCGUCUUCAGAGCGCUGAAUAUGGGAACUGGGGAGACCGUGGCUGUGAAACAGGUCAAGUUGGCAGAUCUACCUAAAAGCGAAUUAAGAGUUAUCACACUUGAGAUCGACCUCCUGAAGAACCUAGAUCACCCAAACAUUGUCAAGUAUCGUGGGUUCGUCAAGUCGGCAGAGUCACUCAAUAUAAUCCUGGAGUAUUGUGAAAAUGGAUCAUUGCAUUCAAUUUCGAAGAACUUUGGCAAGUUUCCAGAGAAUCUAGUGGGCAUCUACAUGUCCCAAGUACUCCAUGGACUGCUUUAUCUCCAUGAGCAGGGUGUCAUACAUCGCGACAUCAAGGGGGCCAACAUCCUCACAACAAAGCAGGGCCUUGUGAAGCUUGCAGACUUCGGGGUCGCUACAAGAACCACAACUUUCCACGAGUCUAGCGUCGUCGGUACGCCUUAUUGGAUGGCUCCGGAAGUGAUUGAGCUGUCAGGUGCUACCACAGCGUCCGAUAUAUGGAGUCUGGGAUGCACAGUGAUAGAGCUCUUGGACGGAAAGCCUCCCUACCACAAAUUGCAGCCCAUGCACGCUUUGUUCCGCAUCGUGAAUGACGAUCAUCCCCCGCUUCCGGAGGGGGCAUCUCCAAUUGUCCGCGAUUUCUUGAUGCAAUGUUUCCAGAAAGAUCCAAAUCUUAGAGUUUCCGCACGAAAGCUGUUGAAGCACCCUUGGAUCGUCAACGCGAAGAGAUCUGAUGCCGUGGUACCCAAGAAACCUACGGAGUAUGACGAGGCUGUGAAAAGCGUCCAGCAAUGGAACGAAGCCUUGAAGUCUCCAAACGCGGGAUCCUUACGGAGGACCUCGCGGCCAAUGUCCUCCAGUCCAAUACCUGGACGGCGGGAAACCAACCAUCCAGCUGUAACGCCCGUUCGAGGUCCGCUCAAUCUUGCAAAGCCCCGCGUCAACACGGAGCAGUUUAGAUCGCCCAACAAUACUGCCGACGACAAUUGGGACGAUGAUUUUGCUUCGGCGAUUUCGCCCAGCGCUUUGCAACUUCCCCACCUGAGGCCACAUGAUAAUUUUGGGGGCUUGCUAUCUUCAGAAAAGCUCAAAGCUUUCGCUUCUUUUGAGACUGUGACGGAGGAGGCAAAUUGGGACGAUAAUUUUGAGGGAGAUCUUACGGUGAAGAGUCCUCUCCAGCUGACCGAAUCCGAUCCAUUAGACACGAUUCGCCCCUACAAUCCGAGGCGCCCAAACACUUCGCAACCGAAAGUCCCCAAUUCGAACAAGUCUCCACCUUUGAAAGUUUCCCCAGUCGUUUCCCGCCGGGUCAUGGCCGCACCAGCUGUACAUCAAAAGCAGUCUCCGGCUAAAACCAACCUAGUCUUGCCGACAACCAAGUCCUACACUGAAAGCUCAGAAGAUGACUUUUCAGAUCUCAUAGCAUAUGAUACUGCAAUUGAGAGCGGAUUUCUGAAGAACAAACACAGCCAUGCACUGUCACCUCGACUAUUCCACCCGUCGGACAUGAGCUCUCUGAUUCAUUCCAUGCAACCGCCGAAGCCCGGUGGUAGCCUGCGCCGCCCUCCAACGAUAUCGAGACAACCUCUUAUGCGGAGAACAAGAUCUUCCGUCGAGAUUCAAAGAUACGCCGAAGAUGACCACGACGAGGACUACUCAGACAUAUUUGGUAAAGGCAAUGCUGUUCUCGACAAGCCAGAGAGUGAGAGGGGCUCUGAUGAGGGCACUUUGAUGCUGACUUCGAAGCUGUCGAACAACUCAUGGCUGGGGGACGAUGACGAUGACGAUGACGACCCUUUCGCUCAAUUAGAAGAGGGCUUCGAUGAGAUGGAUCUUGAAGCGAAUGUCGCUAGAGACAAGUAUGCACGGUUGUGUACCCAAGUCGAGGGGCUUGUUGGCUCUCUCAAAGUCUCUCAGGCGGACGACAUGCUCGCAGACCUGUCAGAGCAACUGCUUGAGGUGCUUUCCGACUUGCCAGAUACCAAGAGUGUCAUAAUCAGUGCUCAUGGUAUGCUUCCUAUCUUGGAAAUCCUAGAGAAUUGUCGGCAUCGCGACGUUAUUUUCAAUCUUCUAAAGAUAGUGAACGUCAUCAUUUUCAAUGACGUUGAAAUCCAGGAAAACCUAUGUUUCGUUGGAGGCAUACCAAUCAUCACCAAAUUUGCGUCGCGGAAGUACUCUAGUGAGAUCAGGCUCGAAGCAGCAGCCUUUGUACGUCAAAUGUUCCAGACGUCGACCUUGACAUUACAAAUGUUUGUCAGUGCAGGAGGGCUCAAGGUAUUGGUUGAAUUCCUCGAAGAAGACUAUGAAGAGGAGCGUGACCUAGUUCUCAUUGGGGUAAAUGGUAUCUGGAGCGUGUUUGAGCUUCAGGGUCCUACACCGAAGAACGACUUCUGCCGCAUCCUUUCUCGAAACUCUGUUCUAGAUCCUCUGUCUCUGGUUCUGAGUAAGGUCCUCGAUGAGGAGGAUGAGCUAGCCGAGCUCUGCGAAGGUCGAAUCGCGAAUAUAUUCUUCCUCUUCUCGCAAGCCGAGAACCACGUGAAGGAGUUGGUUGCAGAGAGAACAGUUCUACACCGCGUUCUCAAAGAGUUGAAACGGAUGUCACCAAACCAUCAGAUCACAAUGUUGAAGUUCAUCAAAAACCUCUCCAUGCUUUCAACAACGCUAGAUUCGCUACAGAAUUCGAAUGCAAUAGACGUUCUUACUGACCUGCUUCGCAAUAGUUCCAAAGAGCCUCAUUCGAGAGAAGUCUCGAACCAGAUACUCAAUACAAUCUACAAUUUGUGUCGACUUAACAAAUCGAGGCAAGAGGAUGCUGCCCUCAAUGGGAUCAUCCCAGUACUUCAGCGUAUCAUCAAGACAAAGGGACCACUUAAGGAAUUUGCUCUGCCCGUACUCUGCGAUAUGGCGCAUUCUGGCAAGGUGGGGAGGCGUGAGCUCUGGAGAAACAAAGGGCUCGCAUUCUACAUCUCCCUCCUUGCAGAUGAAUACUGGCAGGUGACAGCCCUUGACGCAAUCUUCAUCUGGCUUCAAGAAGAGACGGCUAAAGUGGAAGAGCAUCUUCUCGAUGGAACCUUCACAACUGGUAUCAUCAAAUGUUUCACUACUUCAAAAGCAAAUGCUUUUGAGAACCUCUUGGAGCCUUUGCAAAAACUUUUGCGACUGAGUCCACCAGUUGCACUUAAUUUAGCCCACCCUGACCUCUUUCACCGCAUUCUACGCAAGCUCCAGUCAAACAAGGCAGUAGUUCGACUCAAUCUCCUGCGCAUCAUCCGCAGCAUUUGUGAUGCCAGUGAAGAGCAGGGAGCCCUGAUCAGCAGAUAUGGCCUUGAAGACACCAUUCAACGACUGGCAGAGAACGACGGAGCCGUUUUGGUGCGAAACAUGGCGGGUGAGCUUAUCAAAUCAAGUGAGAUAAACGACAAGCUAGGUAUGAGUGGGAGCAAACGUCGACCGGGAAGGCGCUCUAGCUCCUCGACGACGCCGCCGAGCUUACUGACAAGCUAUUCGAUGCCUUCCACACCCACGAGCAAUCGUUCGGUACAUUCAACAAAUUACUCCAUUGGUCGAGAUGUCAGGCAAAGGAGCGCCAUUAACGGCGCAGUGCCGUAUAGACCGUCGAGCAGAGAUGAGAAUGGUACCAGCGCCCUGCCUGUCAUUGUGAAUGGAUCCGGGUCUGUUGCGAAAAGUCGACUUCCUCGCACCACUUCGACACGGCCGCCACGACAACAGGCAGUGGUGUCACCGAAGAAGGGGGAGAACGCUGUACCCAACGGCGCUACGCAGGAUGUUGGUCCAAUGCCUGGUCCACAUUCGAGAAGGCGAAGGCGAAUUAGCGGCGAUACACGGUAA